UGACUGUGUGUUAUUAUUGUGACUGUGUGUUGUGAGUUGUGACUGUGUGUUGUGAGUUGUGACUGUGUGGGCUGAGGAGACCGAUUAGAAGGAGGUGUCAUGUAAGUUGUGACAGGUAUUGCUGUGCGACCUUGCGGCUGGGAAUGUAACAACUUGUUGCUUAGUACAGGGGACUGUAGUGCUGCAUAGAGUCAGCUGUGUGUUAUUGAGACUGUGACUAAUAAGGGAACUGAGUUGCAGAACUAUUGUUGGGGACAGGUUUAUAGUACCAGGUGUAGAAACAAAAGUACAAGGUAAAGGUGGUCCAAGGAGUCUGCCUCACAGUGUCACCACAGUGCAGAUCCAAGCCAAUUGCUGCUUUUGUUAUGGCGACCCCCAAAGCCCUGUGUGUGCCUGUGCUUUCCCUCCUCGCUGUGCUGGCUGCAUACUGGUACCGCCAGGUGGAUGACGACAGCCUGCAGAGCAGAUUGGACAGUGUGUUGUCAUCGCUUCUCCGAGCUGAGCAGAAAGCUGGACUGGAUUUUCACCGGCCUCCUCGCGUGGCAAUUGGAUUUGGAGGAUGUCUAGAUAUUAUAGUAGAUGGAGUGGCUUUGCUGGAUGAGGCAGGGAUUGAACCCAGCUACAAUCCGAUACAUCACAAUUACAUUGAGACAGAGGCCCAGCUGGCUGAGAGCUUCGCAUACUUCUUCCCUCCAGGCGCAGCUUCAGAGAGAUACGUAUCCAACGAGACAUUGUUUAAGAAACUAGUAGACACCUCUAAAAGUCUCUCGGAAAUGCGUUGGGCCCUUGGUGGAAACGCCCCAGUCAUGGCUAAUCGUUUAGCCACAGAGGGAUGUGAUGUUUUACUUGGUGGCCGUCUUAGUCCAGAAGAAAUUAGUGUGCUUUCUGAACGAAUAACAGUUGCAGGUGAGUCCAUAAGUGAUCCUGAUAUCCACUUGAUUAUGGAAUAUCCAACAGGAGCUAAAUGGGGAAAUCACAUGUCUCGAAGGGCUAACAGGUAUAUAGUACACAGUGAUUCCCACAAUCCCAUGAUCGAUUCCUUGGAAGACUUCAAAUCCCAGCUGGAAAACUUUAACCCAGAUUUGUUGGUCAUUGGAGGGCUGCAGAUGAUGGACAGCUUUCCUUUUAAGUCAGGGCAACGUGAAUCUAGGCUAAAAGCAAUGCAGGAACUUCUGUUGUCAAUUGACCCUAAAAUCGGCUCCCACUUUGAAAUGGCCUCAUUUGUGGAGCAGAGCCUAAUGAAGGAUCUUCUUGAAUAUGUCAUACCUUACUCUGACUCACUUGGAAUGAAUGAACAAGAGCUCCCCAAUCUACUUAGCCUGAUCAAGGGUGGAAAUAUUACAGUACUUUCAGAUCCUUACCCACGUGUAGCUUCAAUUCUUGACCAAAUGCGUGAACUCUAUCAGCUCCUCAGAUCACAGAAGCAUAAGGAAGGUCAGCGCCAUCUUACCAGGUUACAUGUUCACACCUUGGCUUUCCAAGCCAUAAUGGUCUCCAAGGGUUCUUUGUGGAAGAACACAAUGUCUGCUACUGCAAAAGCCUCCUUGACUGCCAAUCGCCAUGUGUGUGGCUCCUCUCAAAUUAACACAAGGAAAGCGAAGCUAGUUAUGGAUGACUCGUUCUCUGUUAGCCGAGAAAUGGGCAGCCAGAGGAUACCCUUUAAGGAAAGUCGCCCCGUGUCUUGCUGGGAAGAAGACAACUAUGAGAUAUGUUUAGCCCCAGUGCUGGUGUGUACUGAGGUUUUCCAGACAGCAGGAGGAGGAGAUAAUAUUUCUGCAGCAGGGCUUGUGCUACAGAUUUAACCGGACUAUAGCAGCUCUGCUCACACCUUCAAAAACAUUCCUUACAAACAGAACUAUUGUUCUAGGGUUAAGGGUAAAGCAAACUGCAGUAUUUUUACUGAGCCAUUUAGUUGUUUCUUCAAA